AUGGCAUCCGUGGAAGACUUCCAUACCUACCUCAGGGUCAAAGUGGAUGUACCCGUCGGCGACGACACGAGCCAGCUGACUUUCGAGGUGGACCCGAGCGUCUACAAUGGGGCCAUGAGAGACUCCGCCGAAUUCAUCCAGAAAAUGAUGGAAACCGCGCACGAUUCAUCGGCAGCUCGCAACGAACGGGCAAACAAGAGACGGCGGAUCGAAGCCCCGCGGCGCACGCAAGGCAAUAUCACCUUCACACUCCAAGGCAGAGAAGCCGCCGUUACCUACACCGUACCUGCUUCGAGGGCUUUCGAAUCUGCCCUGCGGGAUUUUGCGGCGCAGGAAGGUCGCGAACUUACUCCUUUGAGGCUGUGCUACAAGGACUGGAUUGUUUCGUCUGAGGAUUCGCCGGCACAGGUAGGUGUUUGCCUUCCUUGAUAGACAGACGGAGAUGUGCUGAUGGCCUGGACAGAUUGGGCUGGAGGAUGAUGCCGAUAUCCUCGUCUUACAACUUGCUAGAUGA